AUGUCGGUCAACACAACUGCAACUAUUGCCUCAUUUGGGGGCAAGCUUCUCAAGCUUGCUCACCAGUCCUCUGUCAUCGGUGGUGAAAUGAAGUUCAACUUGUACCUUCCCCCGCAAGCACUCGACAAGUCGAAGAAAGUCCCGCUGUUGAUCUACCUGUCUGGAUUGACCUGUACAGCCGAGAAUGCAUCGGAGAAAGGGUUUUUCCAGCAUGGUGCGAGCAAAAAGGGGAUCGCAGUCUUGUAUCCUGACACCAGUCCAAGAGGGUUCGGUAUCAAGGGCGAAGACGACGCCUACGACUUCGGCACUGGUGCUGGCUUUUAUGUUGACGCAACCGUUGCGCCGUGGUCGGACAAUUACAAAAUGUACUCUUAUAUCACCGAUGAACUCCCCAAAACCGUGUUUGCCGCAUUUGACCAAAUCGACUCGAGUCGAGUGAGUAUCACUGGCCACAGCAUGGGUGGCCAUGGCGCCCUUUCAUUAUUCUUGAAGAAUCCUGGAAAGUACAAGAGCGUCAGCGCGUUUGCCCCCAUCUCCAAUCCUCUCAAAGCCCCUUGGGGAGAAAAAGCAUUUAAGGGCUACUUUGGUGAAGAGCAUUGGCAGAAGAAGGGCGCAGAACACGACUCUACGGAGCUUUUGAAACUCUGGAAAGGUGGUCCCCUAGAUAUUCUCAUCGACGUGGGAACCGGUGACAAUUUCUACAAACAGGGUCAACUCCUACCUGAGAAUUUGAUUGCUGCAGCGAAAGAAAUUGGUCAAGAAAAAGGAGUCAAUGUCAGAUUCCAGCCGGAUUACGACCAUAGCUAUUAUACCAUGGCAACCUUUUCGGACGAUCACAUUGAUCAUGCAGCAAAGCACCUUUUUGCUUAG